CACUCUCAAAGUUCAUGUCUUAUUCUCACACACAUAUAUAUAAGGCGGUAGUUGAGGUUCUUCUCCCCCACCAAGAAAGGUAGAUGAUAGACAGAACCAAAACUACACACCCUCUACAUAAGUAUACCAAGCUCCCCAAGCCUGACAAACUCUCUCUCUCUCUCUCUCUCUCUCUCUCUCUCUCUCUGUGAAUUUAGACAAACACAAACAAAAGCUAAUGGCUUCCAUGGCAGAUAGGUCUAUUAAAAGAGAAGUGAAGGCAAUGGAAGCCAUUAAUAGUGUUUCAACUAAGAAGGAAUUCAACAAGGGAGCAUGGACAGCUGAGGAAGAUAGAAAACUGGCUGAGGUUAUUGCAAUCCAUGGUGCUAAAAGGUGGACGAUAAUUGCAACUAAAGCAGGUCUUAACCGAUGCGGCAAGAGUUGCAGGCUAAGAUGGUUGAAUUACUUGAGGCCUAACAUCAAGAGAGGAAACAUAUCAGACCAAGAAGAGGAUUUGAUACUUAGGCUCCACAAACUACUUGGAAACAGGUGGUCUUUGAUAGCCGGAAGAUUACCCGGUCGAACAGAUAAUGAGAUAAAGAACUACUGGAAUUCUCAUUUGAGCAAGAAGUUACGGCAGAAGGAGAAGCAAAGUGGAGCUGCAACAAGAGAUAGCUAUACCGUUCAGGAAAAUAGGGAGGAAGAGAAAGUCAAUGAAGAAAUGAGUGGAGAGGAGAAUACAUCUAAAGGAGUUGAUGACUCAAAAAGUGACUUUGAUGUGGAUGAGUUCUUUGAUUUCUCUAAUGAGACUACUUUGAAUUUAGAGUGGGUUAGCCAAUUCCUUGAACUUGAUCAGGGCUUCAGUGAUGUUUCAUAAACUGUUUUGACCUUUUUUUUCCUCUUCAUAAAUUUGGUGCAGUUCAUGCUAAUCAGUAGGGUGUAUGUAAUAAAUAAUAAUUCAUUUAAUAACUCUAUUUUUUUUUCU